UAAUGCAGAUUAGAGGAGACAUACAUAUAUGCCUGAUGGGUGAUCCUGGUGUUGCAAAAAGUCAGCUUCUUAAACACAUAAUCAAUGUUGCACCUAGAGGUGUGUACACAACUGGAAAAGGAAGUAGUGGAGUUGGUCUGACUGCAGCUGUUCAGAAGGAUCCCGUGACAAAUGAAAUGGUUUUGGAAGGUGGAGCUCUGGUUCUAGCGGACAUGGGUAUAUGUGCCAUAGAUGAGUUUGAUAAAAUGGAUGAAUCAGACCGCACAUCAAUUCAUGAAGUAAUGGAGCAGCAAACUGUUAGUAUUGCUAAAGCUGGUAUCACUACAUCUCUGAAUGCACGGACUGCUGUCCUUGCUGCCGCUAAUCCAGCCUGGGGGAGGUAUGAUCUAAGGAGAACACCAGCAGAGAAUAUUAAUCUGCCUCCUGCCCUUCUAUCAAGAUUUGAUCUCCUGUGGUUGAUUCUUGACCGAGCAGAUAUGGAUACUGAUCUUGAAAUGGCCCGGCAUGUUCUCCAUGUCCACCAGGCCAAGGAAUCUCCAGACCUUGGAUUUACUCCCCUUGAACCUUCUGUCCUUAGAGCAUAUAUUUCGGCUGCAAGAAAACUGUCACCUGCUGUACCAAGGGAGUUGGAGGAAUAUAUAGCAAGUGCAUAUUCCAGUAUUAGGCAGGAAGAGGCGAAAUCAAACACUCCCCACUCUUAUACAACAGUUAGGACUCUCCUCAGCAUUCUUAGGAUAUCUGCGGUAAGUUUUAUUUUAUGAACCAAUCCGUGUUGA